AUGGCCAUGUCACUUCCUCACCCGGCUUAUCGCGAAAGCCGCCCCGCCCCGAUCCCCAUGCACCAACCUCGUCCUCAAAAGACUGUCUCUGUUGCAGACAUUGAAAGCCCAGCGACGUUCCCGUUCGCUUUCAAUCCUCCUCAGCCCCAGCUUGAGCAGCCCUUCCACCAACAAGUCCCUCUUCCGGUCCAUGGCCCACCCAGCCAGCCUUCGGCCACUCCACUUUCCCAUAUUCCGGAGCGGGCGAUCCAUGCACCGCCAUUCCAGCCUUACAAUUACCCUCAGCCUGCUUUCUACCCUCCGAGUUAUCCUUCAGGUGGCAUAUAUUAUCCGACCUCGGGUCCCGAUUACACGGGUUACAAUGGACCCGUAGGCCCUGGAGCCUCUAUGCCAAACUUCCCGAGCCAGCAAGCAGUGCCCUAUUCAGCCGGGGAACAGCCCCCUCAACCGGGUACUGUUGCUCAUGAGUCUGGUGGCACUGUCUACUUUUACGAUGCCAAUCAUAUGUACGGAGAUCCCGCUCCAACGGGGCCAGGGUCUGGGCCUGGGGGUGUGGUUGGCAUGGGUGGGAUGAUGACACCGCCAGGCACGACCUUUUACUACCCGCAACAAUCCGGUCAAUAUUAUGGGCAGUGA